AUGAGACAUGAGAGAAGGGUGAGGGACGCGAAACCGUGUCCAAAAAUGACCAGGGAAACUCGCCGAAAAGUGGUCGGACGGUCGCCGGAAAGUCGCCGAAAGUGGCCGGCGAUGGAGGCGGCAAAGGACGGCGGCAACGGCCGGCAGCAGAGGACGGCGGCGGGAGCGGCGGCCGGCGGCGGAGGGCGGUUGUCGACGUCGACCAAAGAGGAGAGAGGGGAGAGGAAAUGA